CGAAGACCGCUGCGACAGAUAGCGUUGUCCGCCGCCGUUCUCGUGGCGUCUUCCCACGACUAUGCUUCGGACAGCGUUGCGGAACUCCGUGGAAUUGGGAAGAGAGAAGUGAAUUGCUCUGCUUUACCAGAUGUAUAAGUGCCGGUGAUCAAGAGAUGCUGCCGCAGGUCGAUAGGUUGUCAAGAGGGCCCCCGCGGGAAUCACGAAGAAAGAAUCGAAGCUCACAAAGGACACGAAGGAAAGGAUACUCACGAAGGACACGCGGCGGACGGCAGGCUGAACGGACAGGCCCUCGGAGACCACACGGUGGACCUGCUGACGCCUAACACGACAGCCUGGAGGCCCGACAAGGUCCGUGAGAUCGUGCACGGCUGCGUGGCCACGGCAGAACAACGAAUGACAUGAGCAACCGCGGACUGCAGCUCUGGCGCCCAUUAUUGGUAGGGACUGGAAAAAUUCGCGUGUUCAAUGACCUCCAGGAUACUCCACGAUCCUGUGCACACUCGUGCAAACCACGCCUGCUGACUUGUGGCCAGUGCAACAGCUUGAAGGGCUGCCUGAUCUCGUGUCCCGAUGGCCCACUGGGAAGACGGUGUCAUGCAGGGUCCCACGCACGGUGCGCCCACAAUCGGCCUCCUCUGCGACUUCUGGGCCGAUGUGCGCUACGUGGGGACUAAAGUGCUUGGGGGACCUGCUCGGCUACCAGCGCGGUAACUGGGCCGUGACGGGACACAUUCUCGAGCGAGGCGACUGCAGCGGACCGAGUAUACCUCGGGGCAGCUGGCGGGCAAAGUGUUAUAGGUUGCUACAAGUAAGCCUCUCGGGCCCACGGUCAGAAGAUGAACCUCUGGGUGCUGGUGGGGGCCGUGCUAGUGGGGGCUCUCGACGGUUCGGCUGCCUCUUCCCCUCAUCAACAGCGGGACGCAGUCGGAGUAGUGGCCGGGGCCCACUUUGAGCCGUUGACUCAGGUGAUGUUAUACACUUCUUCGGUCCCACUCAAUUUCAAGGUCUCGUGGCCAACCAAACUAAUUGAUAUUCAGGAAAGCAUUGUUCUUUUAACUUCCUGUCCCAGGGAUGGUUCAAAUGAUUGGUGUAAAAUUUUCAAAGAACUGAAACAGGUUAUGUUUCAUUCUGAUAUCUUAAUUUCAAAAUUAAAUGAUGCUGCUGGAGAGGAUUUGGUUUACAAUCAGGAUGACGAGAGAGAAAAACGGGGUCUAUCCUUUAUUGGUGAAUUUGUUAGGUGGUGUUGCGACAUCGCAGUCACCAGCCAAGUUGAAAGUUUAUUUUUGAAUCAAAAACAAAUGGCUCAACAUGUUAGAUUAAUGGAAUCACAAAUUUUAGAUGAUCAUGUUGCUCUGGCUAAUCUAAGUAAUACCAUUUUUGUGGUUAAUGAAGCUAUGUCCGGUGUGCUAAAACGAAUUCAGUUUAAGUUUGUUAACCUUACUAAUUACCUUAAAGAUUUGAGAGAAUCUAUGACAGUGAAAUUUUCUGGAAUGGUACAAGAGAUAGGGCAUUCUUUUCAAUUUCAGCUCUUGUUAGCAGCACAACUGCUCAAGCAAUCCCAUUCUUUGACUCGAAUUGAAAUUUUGGACCAAUGUCGUUCCCAUAAGAUACCCUCUGUUUUGGUUACUCCUGAUCACUUAAAACAGCAACUGCAAAUUUUGGAGACUAUUUUAAACAAAGACGGUUAUAGAUUAACUAUUAGUGUUGCCCAAGUACAAAAGUAUUUUCAUUUGCCUAUUUGUCGCUGUCACAUUUAUCAGGAGAACUUGUAUGUCAAACUUAAGAUACCUAUUGUUCAUGUUAAUUCCAAUUGGAAACUAUUUCAGUUUGUUGCGGUACCUUUCCGCAGGAAAAAUAACACUUGCCACUUGGAGCACGAGCCAAACUUUUUAGCCGUAAAUAAUGAGCAACUGGUGACCAUUCAGGGUAGAAAUUUGUUGGAUUGUCGUCCCUUCGAAGACAGUUUAUGUUUUGUUCCCAGAUUUUCAGGUGAUGCCAUGGGAAGUUCUCUAUGUCCUAAAGCUUUAUUUCAGGGAGUGACUGCAGAGAAACUUGGUGAACUGUGUGCUUACAGAUGCCAUUCGGGAACCCACCUCAUGAUUACGCAAGCUGGUCCUGAACGGUAUUUUCUAACUAACCCUGUUGGUAAACUAGAAGUACAAUGUUUAGUGAAUAAGAACCAAACCUUGUUUUUAGCUGCUGCGGAUCGACCUGGCGCUGUGGACAUUGAGGUCCCUUGCGUUUGUCGCUUGUACAUGAAUGAUGAGCUUAAAAUUAAUGAACUUUAUCCGUGUGAUUUUCUUUCUAAAGCCAAAUUCCAAAUGAUUCGUGUGAUUCCAGCUGCUUGGUCAAAAUUAAAAAAAUUAAAGAUUUUACCUUUAACAGCAUCUUCACACACAGUUUUUCCUUCAUUAGAAGAUUGUUUAGACGAGGAUUGUCCUUCUGUUAUUCCUCACUUGAAUUUGGUCGUUUCACGUUCCUUUGCGAGGCCCGAAGAAUUACAGCUGCGAGACCCGGUGGAAGUUGUAAGCUUUUUGUUAAAACAUUUACAAAGUAUUUCUAUAUUUGUGAUUGGUGGUACUUUAUUACUAAUUGUUGUAAGAAACCCUUAUCUAGUGGGGAUUGGUACCUUCCCCCGCGUAUCAGCUUUUAGUGAAAAUGUCAUGUUAACAAUGGAGAUAAGCAUAACUGUAUUUAUACUUGGUAUAAUAAUGUGUAUGAUUCUUUUUCUGCUAUGGAAAUGGUUGUCACUCAAGUGUAAAUUACGGAAAACUGAGGAAAUCUCACCUACUGUACAGACUGAUGUUGCAACUACAAGUGGAACCUUUAACUUACGUGAGAAAUUUUCUGAGAAUUGUCGAUUAAAAUCUAAGUUGGUUAGUGAGUCAGGUGAGGAAUUUCAUGUUUACCUCACCCUGUGUGAUUAAUUUUACAGAACUGAUGUUUAUGUUUGAUUUGUUUUCCCCAUUAAGGGCACAUAGUUGUUAAACACUUUUGUGGUUAGGAUUUAUAAUGUUUUUGUAAUUAACUGUUCAGUUCAGAGGUUUUACUUUUUGUUUAAAGAAUAAAAAAAAGAGACAACAAUCGAGGAUGAAUCUAGGGGUCCAAGCAAUUAUUAAUCUAGGGUUAAUUUUUUUCUAAUUAUUUGUUUACGCUCGACUUUGAUUUAACCUGGGUAGGGAUACCUUAUUCCUGGUCUAUCCCCUCCCCUGUCCAAACCGGUGUGCACUCGUGCCUCUGAAGACAGUAUAAUUCAUUUUCCACAGACUCAAGUGAGGCAGUGUUGUUAGCAACAAGUGUUUACGUUCUCUUUUUCUUUCAUGAAGAAGAGACAGUGCAUCGAUGUACCACAUACAGAGACUCCAACAAUUACGUAAGUUAUGUGAAGAACUUUCCUUCGCCAUUUAUGUCCUCCUGACUGAGGACCAUGUGUUGUGCAGCCAUUGAACUUGUGUGGGAGAUGGACUACUGUUUCCUCCCCUGUUGUGUGGUGGGCUGCUUAUAACUCAUGAGGAGUUAUACUGUGGAAGCCCCUUCCCAAAUCGGUUGCUGUGUGUAUGUGAACUUUCUGUCAUAAAAGAAUGAAGAAACGGAUCAGCAUGGGGCUCGUUUUCGUCGACUUGUGCCGAACGAAGAAAUCAGUUACUCUCGGCCAACCAGUGACAAUGCUAUUUUUUUUUCUGUUCUGUAGCUAGUAGCUGCAGAGGCGUGUUAUGAAGAUCUUGGACUUCACCUAAUCCUAUGGACAUUUCAGGUUCCUUUCCUGAUGUUUAUCCUUUGUUUUCCUGACUUGUAUAGUCCAUUCCUUUUCUCUUGGAGGCCAAGCUCCCAUUUUAAUUUAGCUGUGUUUGUUUUCAUUUUAUUGACAUAUUUAUGAUCAUCUUUGUUGUUGUUGUUGGAGAAUAACAUGCCCCUGGACUCAUCCUUGGUUAGUUAUGCUGUUUAUGGAACUGAUAAAGAUUAAAUGUAGGGUGGAUCUUUUUGUAAAAUAUUUGACAACAUUGUUUGCUAAUUAUUCAAUAGGGUCACUUCAC